AAACGGAAUUGACGUUCGUGCGUCGUUUUUACGAUUUACGUUAAUUAGCGCGUCACUGUUCCGCCGAAGACGUCACAAGAAUUUGAAAAACAUUAUAUCAAACCGGCCGGUUUAGACGAAGUAUUCUUUGAUAUGUAAGGUCCGCUGUUAUUUCACAAAUUUUUAUUGUAUCGCGUGUUGCAUAAGGCAAAUCGGGAUUUCUGGAAUUGAGCGAUUCUCCUCGGGAUAAUGCCUGGAACGCAGUUAUAAAUACAUCCAAAUGGUUCAUUUUUGCAUUUAGCGCUAGUUAGCAUGGCGAAUUUUAUUUGACGGUAUCCGCAUCGAUAUGAAACAGUGUGUCGGUUACUGUACAAUUGGUUUAAAGUGUGAAUUGUGCUUCAGAACAACUCGGGGGUUUAAAAGGUUAGACAUUCAAGGCCGCCCUGUAGAUAUAGGUCGGCGAUAACACUCUGCCGGGGAAGAGAUAAAGUGAGCCCGAGCGAUUAGAAAAGACGCUACAACCCGCGCCUUUCCUAAUAAACAGUUCGCCUUGAAAUAUGGGUUACGACGACGUCAUACCGCUGUUGGGCGACUUCGGCCGGUACCAGAAACGAAUCUAUUUUUUGCUUUGUCUGCCGGCCAUUCUGUGCGCUUUCCACAAGUUGGGCAAUGUGUUUCUCGUGGCAGAACCAAAGUAUCGGUGUCAGUUGCCAAGUGAACUUCCAAAUUCGAGUUAUGAACUGGACGCGAGAGAGUGGGACCUGUGGUAUCCCAAGAUCGCCGACGAACGGUAUUCGCAAUGCGAAAUAAUUAUCGAUAAUAAAACGCAAAACUGUGAUACAUUUAUUUAUGACCACACGUUAUACGGAUACACUGCCGUGAUUGAAUGGCAGUUGACGUGUGAUAGCGCCUACCUUAUCGCCACCGGAAAUUCUAUUUUCAUGGUGGGAGUGAUGAUCGGAUCGAUUGGGUUCGGGGAAAUGUCCGACAGGUGGGGCAGGAAAAAGACGUUCUUCCUAUCGCUCGUUAUUCAGGUGGUUUUCGGGGCGCUCGCCGGUUUCGCGCCCGAAUUUUGGAGUUUUUCCAUUGCCAGAGCCGUGGUGGGGGCGACCACUUCCGGCGUCUUCCUCGUGGCCUACGUCAUAGGUUUGGAAAUGGUCGGCCCGUCGAAGCGAAUGAUUGCCGGAACGGUGUGCCACAUGUUUUUUUCGCUGGGCUACAUGCUUACCACGGUGUUCGCCCUUUACAUCACCGAAUGGCGUUCCUUGCAGUUGGCUUUGACCGCGCCUGGCAUCGUUUUCUUAUCCUAUUGGUGGUUAAUCCCCGAAUCAUGCAGGUGGCUGAUUAACCAAAACAGAACGGAUGAAGCGAAGCGAUUAAUUCACGAAGCCGCCAAGGUGAACCAAGUGACGAUCGCGGAGGAAACCCUCGAAUCGCUGUUGGUACCCGAAUGUGCGCGCGCAAAGGAAAACGCCGACCCCAAACAAACCAGCGUAAUCAAUAUUUUCAGGUACCCAAACCUAAGGAAACGCUCCCUUAUAAUUUUUUUCGACUGGUUCGCGAACAACAUCACUUAUUACGGGCUGUCAUGGAACACAAACAACUUGGCGGGCGACCCCUACUUGAACUUCGUGAUAUCCGGAGCCGUCGAAAUCCCCGGUUACCUGUUCUUAAUACUGACGCUGAACAGGUGGGGCAGGAAGUUCGUUAUGUGCGGUUGUAUGAUACUGUCGGGGUGCGCUUUGUUACUGACGAUCGUCGUACCGGCCGAUAUGCAGUGGCUCACGAUCUCACUCGCGAUGAUCGGGAAGUUGUCGAUCACCGCAAGUUACGGCGCUGUUUACAUUUUUUCGACUGAACAGUUUCCGACUGUCAUCAGAAACGCCGGUCUAGGCGCUGGCUCGACGUGCGCACGAGUUGGAUCCAUAACCGCGCCCUACAUUAACAUUUUGACCCGUAUUUGGCAACCGUUGCCGCUUUUAAUAUUCGGAGCUCUGUCUUUUGUGGGGGGCGUAAUGUCUCUCGUGUUACCGGAAACAUUGAACAGAAAACUGCCCGAGACUUUCGAGGAGGGUGAAAAAUUCGGAAGACGCGUACGGGACGAGCAAGAUAUCCAUUUAAAUGGCGUGCAGACGCGGGCAAGGACAGAAAGCGAUACCACCAGAAGGAUAUUAAUGGACAAGGAAGGCGAAUAAUGCCAACUGACCAUGUGACCAAGUACAAAAUACUCCAUACAUUCUCACCUCUAAUCUAGUCAGUUGUUUCCUGUUCUUGUUUUGGAUUUGUCAAACUGAAUAACUCUUAUUCCUCACAAAUAAACAUAUUUUAUUACAUCGCCAAAUUC